CUAAUCUUUGCCACGUAGAACUUUAUCAUGAAUCUAGUUGUAGCCAUAUUUAUACACGUUUUAUUUCUGCUCUCCAUUUUCUACAUACAUUUUCGAUCACCUAUCCUCCAAGGAUUACCGGACGGUGACGAACAUGACACACCUCCUGCAGAUAGACUAGUAUUAUUCGUAGCAGAUGGGUUGCGAUUAGAAUCGUUCCUCAAAGGAAGCCUUGAGCGUACACCCUUUCUUCGCAAGACUCUGCUAAAUGUGGGUGUUUUCGGAGUAUCCAACACUCGUGUUCCCACGGAAUCGCGGCCCGGUCAUGCCGCUCUGCUGGGAGGUGUUUAUGAGGAUCCUAGUGCGGUAUUUAGAGGAUGGAAAGAGAAUCCGGUGGAAUUCGAUUCAAUACUGAACCGUUCCAGCGUGAGCUACUGCUGGGGAAGUCCAGAUAUCGUCAACAUGUUUUCUUAUGGUGCAAUCAAAGGGCGCGUCCAAACGGCAACCUACGACAGUGGUGAUGAAAUUUUCUCUCAAACAGCAAACACUUCUCUGCUGGACAUAUGGGUGUUCGAUCGAGUUCGACAGUUUCUGGCCAGCGACGAAGCGCAAAAGAAGGUGUUCAAUCGGAAGAAGGUGAUAUUAUUUCUACACCUUCUCGGCCUAGACACGGCUGGACACGUGCACAAGCCUCAAUCAAAAUUGUUUACGGAAAAUUUAGAAACCGUGGACAAAGGCAUCGAAUCGAUCGUUCAGCUCGUGGAAAAGGGCUUUGGAAAUGACGGACGAACUGCGUACAUUUUCACCUCCGAUCACGGUAUGACCGAUCAUGGAUCGCACGGCUCGGGAGAUCCGUUGGAAACCGAAACACCUUUCCUAGCAUGGGGCGCUGGUUUUGACCAUUGGAAAACAUCUCAACCAUUUGAGCAGAAAGAAAAAGAUGUGCUGGAGCUGGAUGGCAAUCAAAUUCAAGUUUAUCAAAUCCGUCAAGCAGAUGCUGCUCCGCUGAUGUCGGCAGUACUAGGUAUCAGUGUUCCGAAGAAUAGCAUCGGAAAGCUUCCCCGAUCCAUGCUAAACGUGUCCGAGGAAUACGCAGCUUGGGCAAUGCGGAACAACGCAGACCAACUACUACAGCAAUACUUCCAUUGGCAAAGAGAGACGGAAGGGAAAAUGCUACAAUGGCUCACACACCCCAAACAAAACAGUCUUAAACAUGAGAUCAAUCAUUUAAUAGCAAAAAUAGAGACUGCCACAACCAGAAAGGAUUAUGUCGAAGUGCAAAAUUUAUCUGAAACACUUAUGGAUGUAACCAUUGAAGCGAUUCAGUACUUUCAAAGCUAUUAUAAGCCCCAUCUGUCCCUCUCACUAACGCUGACAAUGUUGGGAUGGUUGUUGAUACUCGCCCAAGAAACCUUCACGGUUCCCAGCAAAGAUUCUUCCGCCUGGCACUCGGAAAAUAGAGCAGUAACAUAUGUGGCGUUUAUUUUUGCAACGAUUGUGCUGCUUUUUAAUAUCGCACAAAACACACCCGUCGUGAUAAUAAUAUAUUUCCUGGUCCCCAUUGCACUUUGGGGCUAUAUUGGUGCACAAUGGGGCAAUUAUAAGGCAUUGUUCAAUUGGAAUGCUUUCGUAAACUAUUUUAAAUUUAUAUGCGCCGUUGAGGCAUUGGUGCUGGGUUUUCUGUAUCGAAUGCCACUUGUGCCACUCGUAUUGUUUCAUAGCGUGUUGUUGAUGAAAUCAUUUUAUCCCCAAAACCACAUGGAGUGGCGUUGGAUUACCCUAAACGUGUUUCUAGCCGCGUUUCUCUUGAUUCCCGUCAGAAACACAUUCUUUGCGAACGUGUACUUUUUAUAUGCCUCAAUUGUUAUUUGGACCGUUGCCAAUGUGGCGAUUGUAAAGCAAUCUACAGCUCCAUUGCAGUUUAAAUGGUUCAAACUGUUGGUGCAUUUGCUCCAGUCGGCCAACAUUUUUUUCAUUAUAAACUGCAUUGAAAGAUCACAUGCUGUGCCGCAGCUUAGCAGAACGAUGUGCUGGGUGUUUUCCGCUUUAGGAAUACUAUCGCCAUUUGUUGCUAGUUCCAGUGUCACUGAACGGAUGCUAGCUAUGUUUAGUGGCCUCAGUGGACCUUACAUGAUGCUUUCGCUUUCCUACGAACCCUUAUUUUUAUUCUGCUUCUGUUUUACUCUGUAUAGUUGGAUAUAUGUGGAGCAAAAUCAAGGCCACAGAUGGAGACCGAGAGGUACAUCUAUCACAAUAGCUUCCAAGCCAAGCGGAGUCGAUGAUGUACGUCGUAUUUUAGCAUUUAUGCUUUUUCUACUAAAUUCGCUUUUUGGGACGGGAAAUCUGGCGUCUAUUAGUUCCUUCGAUCCAAACUCCGUACGAUGCUUCGUAAGCACUUUCUCGCCGUUUACUAUGAUGGGCCUGAUCGUGUUUAAAUUGUUAAUACCGGUACUUAUGGUAGUGUGUACGUUGAAAGCCAUCAUUAGCAUGCACUCGAUACCGAAAGGAAGAACCUUCACGCUCAUCCUAAUUGUGUGCGAUGGCAUGUGUAUGAACUUUUUCUUUCUCGUGCGUAACGAAGGCUCCUGGUUGGAAAUUGGAACGUCCAUCUCGCACUUUGUCAUCCUUGAGUGUACGACGAUCGUAGUAAUGGUGCUAUACGAACUCGCGCGGUUCUACUUGGAAUGGAAAUUCGUAAGGCACAGUACGCAUUCGAAACGCAAACCAGAUUUACCAUUGAUCAAUAAAGAAAGAAUUGAGUAGAGGA